CCGCGCCCAGCCUCCCCGAUUUCGCCGGGUCAGUUAGGUCCCGCCCUGAAGAGGAUGGAGGUGGCCGGGGACGUGGGUGCUGCAGAACCCGGCGAGACCCGGCCUCUAAAGCCGUGUCUGCUGCGCCGCAACCACAGCCGCGAACAGCACGGCGUGGCGGCCUCCAGCCUCGAGGAGCUGAGGAGCAAGGCCUAUGACAUUCUGGCCAUUGAUAAGUCCCUGGCAGUCACCCUGGUCCUGGCAGAGGAUGGCACCAUAGUGGAUGAUGACGAUUACUUCCUGUGUCUACCUUCCAAUACUAAGUUCGUGGCAUUGGCCGGUAAUGAGAAGUGGGCAUACUGCAAUUCAGAUGGAGGUACAUCCUGGAUUUCCCAAGAGUCCGUUGAGGUAGAUGAACCAGACAGCGGGUCAGAGUUGCAGUGGAAGAAUGUCGCCAGGCAGCUAAAAGAAGAUCUAUCCAGCAUCAUCCUCCUGUCAGAGCAUGAUCUCCAGGUGAGCCUCCUCCCCAGCCCGCAGCCACGCUCAAGCUCCCCUGAAAUUACACUUAGGAGCCAGAUUCUCACUGCACUGAAGGAGAAGCCUGCUCCGGAGCUGAGUUUGUCUAGUCAGGAUUUGGAGCUGGUUACCAAGGAAGACCCCAAAGCAUUGGCUGUUGCUUUGAACUGGGACAUAAAGAAGACGGAAACUGUUCAACAGGCCUGUAAUCAG